CUACAGACGAGAAGACGGGCAGUCCUGUGUCUAUCUGUGGGGAGCACAAAUGCUGCUGCCGAUCAAAGAUAGGGGCAUCCGGAGAGCGCUUUAUAUUUUUAAUAUAUUUUUUAUAUGUUUAUAUUCAUAUAUUGCAAUGCACUGACGAUGCAUUUAACCUUUACACAAUACGUGUUACGUGAAUGUCAAUAAACGUAAUUUGUACAAAAAUGCUUAUAGAAAGCAUAUAUUAUGAACAAGUAUAAACCGUUGUAGCGCUGCAUUUAAUUCAAAUUACGGAAAUUAAUUGUUAUUACUGUGAAUAAAUAUUUAUUUUUAGAUGUAAACAUAGGCAAGUUAACCUUGGUGUAUUUAGAUGAAAGGUAGUCUUGCUAGGCGGACAUGUGGAGCAUGUGAUGUAAAACUUUUCAGUCAUUCCUGCUGAAAUUCGUAAACGGCUGUGUGUAAUGAAUCUUUCAGGGCGCUGCAAGUGUUAGAUUUAAGAAUUACUCACUUAUAAAUACUGGUGAAGGGAAAAAAGAAACAAUCUGCGAUUGUUUUAUUUAGAGUUGCUCGAGAGGUUGCGAUUUCUGGCUUUUCGUCUUCUGUAGUUUUUGCGUGACACAAUUUGCGAAUGCCAUAAGUACAUACGCUAUUUCAUAGACGUGCUGUAUUAUUUAAAAUACAGUAAUAUAAAAAUACUAAAGUUAUAUAUUCUUGGAACUAGUUGGUAAUAUCCGCCCUCUGGUGGUGAAACCCAAUUUGCAUGUAAAUAGAGGCUUUUCAGAACCUCUCACACCGCGAGACAUCCGGUUAGUGGACAUCGCUCAUCUGCCACCUAGAUAAGUCAUAGAGCGUGUUUCCUAGCUAAUAUGACACCGCAGAAAAGCAGAGGUAUAUCUUCCCCAAGUCUCGGCCAAGUCCUGAGACGCGUUCCAUAAAUCAUACGGAGCCACGGCAUGUGAAAGUGCUUGGUUUUUGUCCAGAUUUACUUCCCACUUUGCAAGAGAGGGAUAAAAUAAGACACCAAAAGCCUUUUAUUUGUGUGACUAUAUCGAGUUCCUCUGUGUAUUGAAGUGGUUCUUUGAAAGAGGUGUCAUUACUUGUGAAAGAGGAGUUAAAGAGGAUGGCUCUCGCGUCUAUUCCAGCGAGCGAGAUGACUGAAUGAGAUCUUCCUCCGGAUAAAAACACCAGUUGGCUCUCAGUGUGUGCGCGUCGAGCUGCGAAUCUUCAGCUGCAUGCUGCAUAAGUUCCUGUUAAGAUCGUUAAAGGAAUUAAGAACCAACAAUAACACAGAGGAAAUUGCACCAGGCCUCAGCUGCCUACGUCGUCUAUCCCCAUUCAAGAAAAAGGUGUGACCGACCAGUGAAUCGUCCUCCCGCCAGCGUCUGCCAAAAGCGGGCCACUUUCACUGCCGCCUCUGAACGACGAUCCUCCAUGCACUGCAAUGGUUACAUGAAAACCCUCUGAAUGCUACACAGCCCUGCGACGUCGCCACUGUGCAACACGUGACCCGUGAAAGAGCGCACACACACACAAAGCGAAACCAACGGGCCCGGCUCGCCGCUUCGGCAUGAGUUUCGUCACCAAGAUGCGCCGCAACCUGAGGCGUCUGGUAAUCCUGCUCGCCACUUUCUGUAUGGUGAGCAUCAUCGUGUCGGCCUACUACCUGUACAGCGGCAACAACCAAGAGCUGGAAAUCUCCGACCGGGCGGCUGGCAUGGAUUGUGGGGACCUCAAGUUUCUGCCUUAUAGGCUUCUGGAGUUGAAGACGGCAAAGCCUAUCGACACGUCUAGGAAGGAGCCCGUAGUCCUGGUCUUUGUCGAGAGUCAGUACUCCCAGCUGGGGCAGGAUAUUAUAGCCAUUCUGGAGUCCAGCCAAUUUCGAUAUCACUCGGAGAUUGCGCCGGGAAAAGGCGACAUUCCACCCCUUACCGACAAGGGUAGAGGACGGUAUGCGCUCAUCAUCUAUGAGAACAUGAUGAAGUACGUCAACAUGGACCUGUGGAACAGGGACCUUCUGGACAAGUACUGUGUGGAGUAUAGUGUGGGAAUUAUUGGCUUUCACAAGGCGAAUGAAAACAGUCCGCCGGUUGUAAAGCUCAAGGGCUUCCCCUUGUACCUUCACACCAACCUUGGCCUUAAGGAUUGCUGUGUCAACCCCCGCUCACCUUUGCUCCACAUCACAAAAGCGGAAGCAGAUAGAGGUCCGCUCCCUGGGGAAGACUGGACGGUGUUCCAAUCCAACCACUCCACGUAUGAACCCGUGCUUCUGGCCAAGUCCAGGCAGCUGGACAGUAGCAAUGGACCGGCCCCCUCUGGCCAAUCUCUGCAUGUCACAGUCAUCCAGGACCUGGGCCUUCAUGACGGCAUCCAGCGGGUCAUGUUCGGCCACAGCCUCAGCUAUUGGCUGCACCGGCUCAUCUUCGUUGACGCCGUCUCCUUCCUCUCGGGAAAGACGCUAUCUCUGUCCUUGGAAAGGUACAUUUUGGUGGACAUUGACGACAUAUUUGUCGGGAAAGAAGGCACCAGGAUGAACGUCAAUGACGUUAAGGCCCUGCUGGACACGCAAAACCUUCUCCGAUCUCAAAUCACCAAUUUCACGUUCAACCUCGGAUUUUCCGGGAAGUUCUACCAUACCGGUACGGAGGACGAGGAUGAGGGUGAUGACCUCCUACUGAGAUACGUGGAUGAGUUCUGGUGGUUCCCGCACAUGUGGAGCCACAUGCAGCCGCACCUCUUCCACAACGAGUCGUCGCUCAUGGAGCAGAUGAUACUUAACAAAGAAUUUGCACUGGAACACGGCAUCCCCACCAACAUGGGCUACGCAGUGGCCCCCCACCACUCGGGGGUGUACCCGGUACACAUGCAGCUGUACGAGGCCUGGAAGAAAGCCUGGGGGAUCCGGGUCACCAGUACGGAGGAGUACCCGCACCUCAAGCCCGCUCGCUACCGCAAGGGCUUCAUCCACAGCAACAUCAUGGUACUUCCACGGCAAACCUGUGGCUUGUUUACACACACCAUCUUCUACAAGGAGUAUCCCGGGGGUCCCAAAGAGCUGGAUAAGAGCAUCAGAGGCGGGGAGCUCUUCCUCACCGUCCUGCUGAACCCGAUCAGCAUCUUUAUGACACAUUUAUCCAACUACGGAAAUGACCGGCUAGGUCUUUAUACCUUCGUGAACCUGGCUAACUUCGUCCAGUGCUGGACCAACCUUAACCUGCACACACUGCCGCCACUGCAGCUGGCUCACAAGUAUUUCCAGCUCUUCCCUGAACAGCGGCAGCCGCUCUGGCAGAAUCCCUGCGACGACAAGAGGCACAAGGACAUUUGGUCGAAAGAGAAGACCUGUGACCGCUUGCCGAAGUUCGUGGUGAUCGGGCCGCAGAAAACCGGAACCACAGCGCUGUACCUCUUCCUCAUCAUGCACCCUUCCAUAUCAAGCAACCUUCCCAGUCUGAAGACCUUCGAGGAAGUUCAGUUCUUCAACACCAACAACUACCACAAGGGUAUCGACUGGUACAUGGAGUUUUUCCCUGUUCCUUCGAACGUGACCACCGACUUCCUGUUUGAAAAGAGUGCCAACUACUUCCCGUCUGAGGACUCUCCCAGGCGGGCAGCUGCUCUGCUGCCUAAAGCCAAAAUCAUUACGCUGCUAAUCAACCCCUCCGACAGAGCUUACUCUUGGUACCAGCACCAGAGGGCCCACGAGGACCGCACCGCCCUCCAAUACAGCUUCUACGAGGUGAUCUCCGCGGGACACCACUCCCCAGCUGAGCUGCACUCCCUCCAAAGCCGCUGCCUUGUCCCAGGCCUGUACGCCACCCACCUCGAGCGAUGGCUCACCUACUUCCCCCCUAGCCAGCUUCUGAUCAUCGACGGCCAGCAGUUGAGAAACGACCCUGCUGCAGUCAUGGAUGAAGUUCAGAAGUUCUUAGGAGUCUCUCCAUAUUACAAUUACUCUCAGGCUUUGACGUUCGAUCCCCAGAAGGGAUUUUGGUGUCAGCUGCUAGAAGGCGGGAAGACAAAAUGCCUAGGGAAGAGCAAAGGGCGAAAGUACCCCCCCAUGACCGCUGAGUCCAGGGCUUUCCUGUCCAAGUACUACAAGGACCACAACAUCGAGCUGUCCAAGCUGCUGCAUCGCCUGGGCCAGCCGCUGCCGGCUUGGCUGCGGGAGGAGCUGCAGAAAGUCAGAUAGCAAGGAGCGUCAGGAGCCUUGAGGACCUCAUUCGUCACGGGACUCCAGCGACCCUCAAAUGCAGCUGCCAAAAAAAAAACAAAAAUGGGAAAAUAAAUUUUAAAAAAAGAACCACAGAAUCCCGACCUGGAUUUAAACACCUCUUCAGGAAAACAAAAUCCUUGUUUUAAUGUUUCCAUGUGCUGGCAUGUGGUGUCACAAGUACAGGAACCUGUGGAGAGCAGAUAUGGCAUGUCCCCCAUGGAGGGGGGAGGGGGGAGUGGAGGGGUUGAAAGGCAGCAGUAUUGGGGGCGGAGGGGGGCCUCCGGUUUCUGGAGAGGGCCUGCACUUGUGCCAGUAGUGACUCUUACGUUAUGAUUCCAGUGCAGUGCUGGCCAGCUGUCUGGUUUCCAUGGUGAUAAUUUGCACUAAGUUUCGUUCCAUGCCUCACUCACUGAGUGUUUUGUGUUUCGUACGUUAUAGAGACAGUAAUAAUUGAGAAAAAAAAACAGAGACAUGCACCAGUACUUCUAACUCGUUCAUAUGGGUGUACUAAGAAUACGGAAGGGCAGGGAGACGGGUGCGAGUGAAGCCGAUUGUCGGGAGACGGUUCUGUUUGGUUAUUUUGCGGUGAAGCAGUUUUUAGACUUUGUUUUUAUUUUCUUUAAAUUGACGUCGUCGAUAGCCGCCUGGAAGACGUCCUGUCGGUCACACAGCACAUGCAGGUUUUAACGAGUAUGCAGGGAUCUAUGCUGUCUCGAUUAAGCAAAAUGCUUAGGGAGAAUGGUCAUUUGGUUUGUUUCGCCCUAACGACAGCUGUGUUUCAAAAGAUACAGGUUUAUCGUCAGCUGAGUAUGGUAGAUACGGAUGAGUAUGAAGAGUGUAUCGUAAGCCCAAGAUGGAGUCUGGAGACUGAAGCCUUUUGAGUCUCCAGUUUGGGAGCCCUGGUUGUUUUGGCACAUUAGUCUGACGUUGAUGUGGAGUCGGACAUCUCUCGGUCGUCCAGAGUUGCUCUUGGAUGUGGGUACCGAGGCUUCUGGAAAUAUCCACGGCCUGCUAUCUAUUCUUACGUGGAUCAAUGACCUAUAAACGACUUACCUUGGUGAACUCAUGUGAACUCAGGGAAUUCUGAGUGUCCCACCGCAAGCGUCAAAAUUGAUUCCUUUCCGCUUUUAUGUUUUGAGGUCUGUAUUUAUUCGUUGUUCAAUGUCUCACCGGCAUGUGGACAAUCAGCCAAUGCAACGCACGUAAGGUGAGUUCUGUCGAGUGCGAAUUCGAUGGACGGACGGACAUUACCCCGGGAAGAGCGUCGAUCGUCAUCGGCGGUUGUCUUUCCCGGACGCCCCUUAGCGUGUUACCUCGGCGCGUCGCGCACAUUCGCUUUCCGUAACAGGGACUCGGAAUUUACGACGGAGAGUUGCGGUCGUGAGUUGCGGCCAACAUCUCACAGGGGGAAACAUAGUUGAUUGUAUUUAUGAGACCUAGACUAAGGGUAGGAAUGGAGAUGAAGUCUAAUGCCUACAAUGAUCAAAUGUAAUGUCAUAUUUUUAGUUUUUUAUCAUUAAUAGACCACUUGCCAUAAUGGCACAAAGCAAAGAAAAUACCUUAUGUAAAAUUAAUUCUAAGAAUUCCAAGAUCUGAGACACUUUGUGUACUUCUGUUUCCAGUUUAGCCUUACUCUCGCUCUCUGGACUGCAGCAUAUUUUCUGGAUGGUUUACUUGUGUUUUUGUUAAUAAUUGCCUCAAUUUACUGUGUAAUUGCUUCAAAAGAGUGUAUGUAUAUUCAAUAAACACUGAACUGGUUCAUGUUUUAGUAAA